GCUCACGAUUUGUAAUGACAAAUAAGCAUGAAGCUUGUGUUAUUACAACACGUGAGCUUUUACGAGUAAUAAAUCAUUUACAUUUUAACUAAACCUUCCUGUACGAGGUUAAAGUGGAGUUUGAUCUUUUGGCUAGUGAAGGAAACUUUUGAGAAAACCAGAUUCCUGCGACUGGACUCAUGUAAUUUGUGACAUGCUGUAUUGUUUGGGCCAGACAACUCAGCUCAAGGAUAGGCAGUGUGACAACUUACUGUGAGAUGAUCUUUGACGUAACAGAAAGCCGCCAAGGGACCAGUAUGCCCCCUUCUCCAUCGCCCUCACCCGGAGGCACAACUACCCUGGGUACUGUGGAUAUAGUUGUGCUGGUAGUCUACUUUCUGCUGGUUCUCGCUGUUGGCCUCUGGUCCAUGUGGAGGACAAAGCGCAGCACAGUGGAUGGAUACUUCCUGGCUGGAAAGAACAUGACCUGGUGGCCGGUAGGUGCCUCGCUGUUUGCCAGUAACAUUGGCAGUGGGCAUUUCAUUGGCCUGGCAGGGUCAGGAGCCGCAGCAGGAAUUGGGGCUAUUGCAUACGAGUGGAAUGGAAUUUUAAUGGUGCUGCUGCUGGGAUGGCUCUUUCUGCCCAUUUAUAUUGCGUCUGGGGUGAUGACAAUGCCAGAAUAUUUGCAGAGGCGAUUUGGUGGUCGAAGAACUCAGAUAUUCAUAGCCGUCCUGUCCUUAUUUAUUUACAUAUUUACAAAGAUAUCGGUGGACAUGUAUGCUGGUGCAUUGUUCAUUCAGCUCGCCUUACAGUGGAACAUCUACCUUGCUGUGGUGAUGCUGCUGUCGAUCACAGCUCUCUACACAAUAGCAGGUGGUCUGGCUGCAGUUAUCUACACAGAUGCUGCUCAAACUGCCAUCAUGCUGGCAGGAGCUCUCACCCUCAUGGCCUUCAGCUUUGUGGAAGUUGGAGGCUGGGAUGCUCUGAUGGACGGAUACCUCAACGCCAUCCCUUCUGUUCGUGUGUCAAACUCAACCUGUGGAAUUCCUCGAGAUGACUCCUUCCACAUAUUCAGAGACCCAGUGAACUCUGACCUGCCUUGGCCCGGGGUCAUCAUUGGCAUGUCCGUCCCUUCCAUGUGGUAUUGGUGUUCUGACCAGGUGAUUGUGCAGCGAUCCUUGGCUGCUAAGACCCUGACCCAUGCAAAAGGUGGCUCACUCAUGGCUGCUUAUCUAAAAAUUCUGCCUUUCUUUGCUAUCAUGCUGCCUGGCAUGAUCAGCAGGAUACUUUACACAGAUGACGUGGCGUGUGCCGACCCUGAGUUAUGUAAACAGAUUUGUGGUAACCCAGUGGGUUGUUCAGAUACAGCCUACGCCAGGCUGGUCAUGGAGCUGCUGCCUUCAGGGCUGCGAGGUUUGAUGAUGGCGGUAAUGAUUGCUGCACUCAUGUCCUCUCUGACCUCCAUCUUUAACAGCGCCAGCACCAUUUUCACCAUGGAUCUAUGGAAGACUUUCAGAUCCCGUUCAUCCGAGUGGGAACUUAUGAUUGUGGGCAGGGUAUUUGUGCUCGUGCUGGUGGUUGUGUCCGUGCUGUGGAUUCCUGUCGUCCAGGCUAGUCAGGGUGGGCAGCUUUUUAUCUACAUCCAGUCCAUCAGCACCUACCUGCAGCCACCCGUCUCCAUCAUCUUCCUCACAGGCUGUCUCUGGAAGAGGACUAAUGAGAAGGGUGCAUUCUGGGGCCUGGCUGUCGGCCUGUUGGUGGGCUGCAUCCGCAUGAUGUUGGACUUCAUUUACCCUGCGCCCCUGUGCUACGAGGUGGAUGACAGGCCCGGGGUGUUGAAAUACGUCCAUUACCUAUACUUCUCCAUGUUGCUGUCCUUCAUCACCCUAAUUGUGGUGGUUGUAGUCAGCCUGGCUACAGAGGAGCCCAAACCGGAGCAGAUAAGUCGCCUCACCUGGUUCACUAGGUUUGACCCAGUGGAGCCCAAAGAACAAGUCUUCUCAGUGGAGCGGAGCACAAAGAGCUUAGAGGUGAUCACUAGUCAGACAAAUGAGAUGGGAAUCACAGGAAGAGAGCAGGAGAGCAGCAACGGAAAAGCACGUCAUCACAGGAAAGACUCUUUAUCCUCCGUGUCCAGCAUUCAGAGCCAGUCCAGGCUGAUGUCUGCGCUCUACUGGCUGUGUGGGAUGGAGAGAAGGAAGAAGGAAGAUGAUAAAUCUGUGAUGCCCCCUGCACCAGCCAUCUGUUCUCUGGAGGAAAAGCCGCGUCUACGACUCAUUGUCAACGCCAACCUCCUCGUUUGCCUCUCUGUAACUGCCUUUAUCAUCGGCUACUGGGGUUGACAGACACUCUCAAUGGACACAUGGUGUGUGUAAAAAGUUGUGUGCAGAUCUUUUCAGAGAAUGAGAAGAAAUUCUACUUGCUUCUUGUUUUUGUCCAAUAACUGACAAUGCAUACAUUAUAUAUUCAGACGGGGAUUCUAUUUCCUUAACAUGUUUUACUUGUAAAAGGGAUCAUAUGAGAACAUCUUUCAUUUAUAAUACAGAUUUACAUCAUUGAUGCCUGAAAGAUUGCUUAUGUCAAAUAUUUUGAUGAAAGCUCCACUUAGUGUCUUCAGUAAAUUAUUCUCAGCUGAAUAAUAUACCUAAACUGGUUAUGAUAAUGGGUGCAGACAGUCUUUUGCACACUUUGUGUCCAUCUUUAUUUUAAGUAUUUUCUUUAUUACAUUUUGACAAAAUGACAAUUAACUAAUGAGAGGAAGCU